AUGCUGCUGUGGUCACUGCUUCUGGUUCUUGCUCCUGUGGGAGUCCACUCCGACUGGUUGAAAAUCAACAUGCCACAACAUGUUUAUGAAGGAGACCAUGUAGAUAUAAUCUGCAUGGGGGUAACGAAUCAUGACAUAAAGACACUAAAAUACUUCAAGGAUGGAUCUCAAAUAGGUACUUACAGCGGUUUCUGGAUCUACACCAUUUCCAGUGCAAGAUUCAGAGACAGUGGCUCCUAUUUCUGUAAGGCAGAUAGGAAAGUUUCCCUAUAUAUGGACAUGAAAGAAGAAACAAGAUCAAUGUGCCUUAAUGUCUCAGAGCUGUUUCCAGCACCUGUGCUGACAGCCAGCCCCCUGCAGCCCAUAGAGGGGAGUUCAGUGACCCUGUCCUGCAACACCCGGCUUCCUUCAGACAGGGCAACGACCCAGUUACGCUAUUCCUUCUUCAAAGAUGGACACACUUUGCAGUCGGAAUGGACCUCACCAAAGUUUACGAUCUCAGCAAUAUGGAAAGAAGACUCAGGAAAUUAUUGGUGUGAGGCGAUGACAGCAUCUCACAGUGUCUUGAAGCGGAGUCACCAGUCCUAUAUAGAUGUGGAGAAGGCCCCGCCCAAAGUGCGUCUGGUGAAUGGUCCCCACCACUGUGAAGGACGUGUAGAGGUGGAACAGGAAGGUCGCUGGGGCACUGUAUGCGAUGACGGCUGGGACAUGAAGGAUGUGGCAGUGGUGUGCCAAGAGCUGGGCUGUGGAGCAGCCAAGCACACACCUAUAGCCAUGUUGUAUCCACCAGUAGUUGAUGAAGCUCUACCUGUGCUCAUUCAGGUGGCCCUGUGCAAUGGGACAGAAAAGACCCUGGCUGAAUGUGACCAGGUUGAGACCUUUGAUUGUGGACAUGAUGAAGAUGCUGGGGCUGUGUGUGAAGGUGGGUGA